AUGAUUGCUGAUUUGUUAAGAGAAUGGUGGAUUUGGAACUGUUUACAAGGAUCAGUUAGAUUCAGAGAAGAACUUGAGAAUCUUUUCUCAGCUGCAAUUCCCCCUGACAAGAAUGUUGCAAAAUCAAAAUCUGCUCCAAUUGCUAAUAAACCAGAAAAAGUUCAACUGAUUAAUCAUAGGCGAGCAUACAACUGUGAGAUCAUGCUUUCAAAGGUGAAUAUACCUUUGCAUGAACUAAUGGAGGAGGCUGCUGAUGACAAAGCACCACAAUCUGAAAGAGGCAUCAAGUCACGUGCAAUUCUUGGUAGACAGGUCAAAGGAAUUGUCACAGAGCAGGUUGUUAUAAUGCUUCACAUGUUCAAAAUAGCAAUUUACUUUCUUUAUUUUGUUUAUCGUAACAUUAUACUAAAAUUCUUUCUAGGGUAUUCUGCUCAUUUACAUUACAAAUUUGCUGCUUUAGUUCAACAUCCAGAUAGAGGUCAAGUCACUAAGUUUCUUGCUUGUUGA